CAUGGCACGCGACGACACGAACGAGGCCUCGUCCUCGACGCUCAUCGUCGUCGUCAUCGUCUGCACCGUCGUCAUCGUCUUGACGCUGGUCGGUCUCUUUCUCUAUUGGCGCAAGAAGCACGCACGGUCGCAGGGCCUCUUGCCGCAGGUCUACGAGCUCCAGCAGCCCUUCGACGACCACAUCAUCAUGGGCCCACCGACGCUGUCGCCGCCCUCGAGUCGUCCACCAAUGAUGUCGCCGCGCAAGCCGAUUGCCAUCAACAGCACGAACAGCAGCAACAACAAUCGCAACCACAGCAGCCCAUUGAAGAACAGUAGCCAGCCCGACGGGAGCGAGCGCAACAAGCCCGGGUCGCAAGGCUCGGCCAACAACUCGGACAAGCCGACCGUGCCGCACCAAGGGCACCGGUCGUCGUCGACGGAGCCUCCCAAGCCCAACGCCACCGACUCGGCGUUCUCCGAAGUCGACGACGCGCUCGAUGACUUUGAUCCGAAAUGGCGGCUGCCAAAAGCCAGCGUCGUCAUCACGGCGCGGGUUGCCAAAGGUGCAUUUGGUGAAGUCUUCCUGGGCACAUACCUCGGCGAAACGACGGUCGCGGUCAAGUCGGUUUUGAAGGAGAAGCGUAAGCUCAAGGUCAUCCAAGCGUUCAUCGAAGAGAUCAAGCUCAUGGCGCGGCUCGACUCGCCUUACGUGGUUCGUUUUUACGGCGCCAUCUACUCGCACCCGUCGCGCAUUCGCUGCGUCAUGGAGUACAUGGACUCGGGCGACUUGAAGGAUUUUCUCAAAGUUCACCCGCGCGCGCACGUGAAUUGGGCGUGGAAGCUCGAGAUUGCCCUUUGCAUUGCAAAGGGACUCGUGUACCUGCACGAGCUGCCCGUGAUCCACCGCGAUCUCAAGUCGCGCAACAUCCUCAUGGACUCGCACAUGGGCUCCAAGCUCUCGGACUUUGGCGUCUCGCGCGAAGAGACGACCGAGACCAUGACCCGGGGCGUCGGCACGUACCGCUGGAUGGCGCCCGAAGUGCUCAAGGACGGCCAUUACAGCGUCGCCGCUGACAUCUUUUCGUUUGGCGUGAUUCUAACCGAGCUCGAUACGCACCAGAUCCCGUACCUGGACAAGCGCGACGCCAAAGGCAAGAUGCUCUCGGACGCCAACCUCAUUGCGCAGGUGCUCCGGGGCACGAUGAAACCGAGCUUCACGUCCGACUGUCCGCCGUGGGUCCGCGUCCUCGCGCUUCAGUGCAUGUCCAACGACCCGAGCAUGCGCCCGACAGCGGCAGACCUCGCCGUCGGUCUCCAACAACGCCUUGAUGUCGAAAAAUCCCAAAUGUAAACAUAUUUUAGAUGCC